ACCGUACACAUUCCAGUGAAUCACAGUUACACGAAGAGUGUGUUUUGUGAUUUGUUCGUUUUCACAACAUAUAAAAAUUAUUACAUUAUUUGUUUAAGAUAAUAUAUUAAGGUAGUAUAAAAUGGCAACCUCAAAAACCACGAAUACAUAUAAUAGACAAAAUUGGGAAGAUGCGGAAUUUCCCAUAUUGUGUCAAACUUGUUUAGGAGAUAAUCCAUAUAUUCGGAUGACCAAAGAAAAAUAUGGGAAAGAAUGUAAAAUCUGCAUGCGUCCAUUUACAGUAUUUAGAUGGUGUCCAGGAGCAAGAAUGCGAUUUAAAAAGACUGAAGUUUGUCAAACUUGCAGUCGACUUAAAAAUGUGUGUCAAACAUGUUUACUUGAUUUAGAAUAUGGAUUGCCUAUUCAAGUACGCGAUGCUGCAUUAAAGAUAAAGGAUGACUUACCUCGGUCUGAUGUAAACAAAGAAUACUAUGUACAAAACAUAGAUAAUGAAAUAGGAAAAAUAGAUGCUACAACACCAGCUGGAGCUGUUGGUAAAUCUGCUGCAGCUAGUGAUUUAUUAAUGAAACUGGCUAGAACAAGUCCAUAUUAUAAAAGGAACAGGCCACAUAUUUGUUCAUUUUGGGUAAAAGGUGAAUGUAAAAGAGGAGAAGAGUGUCCUUAUCGUCAUGAAAAACCAACAGAUCCAGAUGAUCCAUUAGCAGAUCAAAACAUCAAAGAUCGCUAUUAUGGAGUUAAUGAUCCUGUGGCAGAUAAAUUAAUGCGAAGAGCAGCAGCAAUGCCUAAAUUAGAUCCGCCAGAGGAUAAAUCUAUAACCACUUUGUACAUUGGAAACUUGGGUGAUGUUUUAACAGAGAAACAAUUACGGGACCAUUUCUACCAAUAUGGUGAAAUACGUUCUGUAACUAUGGUCCCACGACAACAGUGUGCCUUUAUUCAAUACACACAAAGAAGUGCAGCUGAAGCAGCAGCAGAAAGAACAUUCAAUAAAUUAAUAUUAGGUGGAAGAAGAUUAACUAUAAAAUGGGGACGCUCUCAAGGCAGACAAACUAUUUCUGCAGCAGAAGCAACUAGAGAAAUAUUGGAACCAGUGCCUGGUUUACCUGGUGCUUUACCACCUCCGCCGGAAAGCAUGGGGAAUAAUUUCUUUAAUCUGCAAACAACACCUGGUAUGAUACCACCAAUGAUGAUACCACCGCCACCGGUAGCACCACAAUUCAUGUUUCCACCUCAAAUGGCUGCUGCUGCUGCUGCAGCAGCUGCAACUCCCAUUUUUCCACCAGGCACAACGCCAAUACAUUAUCCCAGUCAAGAUCCAUCUAGAAUGGGUGCAUCUCAGGGUAUUGGAAAACCAUGGCCUGAAGAAUAGUAAUAAGAAAGCAAUCCUUAUCAAAUAUUCUCUAAUAUUAUUGUGACAAAUCAUGAAAAUAAAUACAUUUAUCUCCAUGAUUUUUUAGUAAAAUUUAUAAUUUAUUGUAAUUUUUGAAAAUUGUUUUUUCAGAAUUUUUUUAACCAUGUUUUAAUUCUAUGUAAAUUACAUUAUAUUACAAAACAAUUUUUCUCCCAAUAUAAGUUUUAAUAAAUUGUUAUCGCUCUAUAUUUGAAAUAAUAUUAUAUUUCAUUUAUAUUUUAUAAUGAAACUAUUAAAUUAAUUGAUUGAAAAUCAUUUGAAAAUGUAAUUCGAAGAAAACUACAUUAAAGCUGUGAACCAAUCAA